CCUUUCUCUAUGCUAAAAUGCAAGACACGCAAAUAUUGCGAUGCCGUCAGCUCAGGACACGAUCAACACGGAUUCAGGCAGCCCGUCCGUCUCGCUCCCCAAGAAGUCUGCCCGGGAAAUCAGCGAACAGUAUUCGCACAUGAGAUCAACCGAAGAGAGACCUGAAGACAAUUACAUGCUAGGCGGGGAUGAGGAGCCUAUGGUUUACUCGACGCCGAGAGACUACGCCACAUCGGCGCGCCGGGAGCGUGACUGGCUCCUAAGCAUGGGUGCCGAUCCGGACUCCGUCAUCCUUGAGAGCGAACUCUGCAACUACAUGCCCCCACGACGAGCAGGAGAAAGCGCCGGUGAAUACAGCAAGCAAUACGUCGAGAUACUCAAUGGCAUGAUCCGCAAUGGUACCAUGAUACUGAACGACCAGACUACUGCUGACGUGGUCGCCUCCGGCUUUGGAACUCGUGACGGCAGAAGGUUUGAUCUGGGCCCGGGGUCCGGUGCUACAAAGGGUGAUUUCAGAGCAUUUACUCAAUGGUUUGGUGAAGUUUAUGAAUCUGGGGAGGCCUAUGAAGUGCCGGAGAGGUGGUUGAGGUUCGAAGAACCUCAACAACGCGUGCAAGACUGAGGACUGUUUAUGUUAGCUUCAGGCCAGUUCCAGAGAUUAUUUUAUUUCAAUCGUAAUUUGAUAUCACGGAUUGUUGGC